AUGGCCUCGCUCGACGCUAAAGUCUUCGCAGUGACUGGAGCAAGCUCAGGAAUUGGUCUCGCCUGCGCCACUACAUUGGCAGCUCGAGGAGCCUCGUUGGCUCUCGCCGAUAUCAAUGUGCAAGGCCUCGAACAGGUUGCUCGCUCGUUAGAUCAUCAAGGUCGCAACAUUACCAUCCAUCAAGUCGAUGUGCGGAGCAGGGACAAUGUGAGAGACUUCAUCGACCAGGUUAAGCAGCAACAUGGGUUACUCCACGGUUGUGCUAAUGUGGCCGGAGUAAUUGGAAAAGGAAGCAAUAUCCUCCCAAUUUGGGAGGUGAGCUCGGAGGAAUAUUCGCACACCAUGGACGUCAAUGCGAAGGGCGUCUUUAAUUGCAUCGCGGAACAACUCAGACCAGAUAUCAUGCAGAAAGGAGGGAGUAUAGUCAAUAUUGCAAGUGUGGCAGGCAUACUUGGACUACCCAAGAAUGCUCCAUAUAGUGCAAGCAAGCAUGCGGUGGUUGGGCUCACCAAAGCCGGUGCACGGGAUGCCGCUGAGCUGGGCAUCCGAGUUAAUUGUGUUGCACCGGGGGCUGUCAUGACUCCAAUGGUAGCAGCGGACAAAUUUUCCGCCUCCGAGCCCACAACUCCCAUCAAGCGGUUUGCUCUGCCAGAGGAAGUGGCCAAUAUUAUCAAGGACUAUAAGUCGCGGACAGUGCGAUCAGUCUUUCCACAGAGCGGCCGGGGAAAAGUUGCGACCGGCCCCACCCGCAAGCUCCUCUUUGCGAAUAUCGGUAUCCAUGGACGCAUACGGGUUGCGGGCCUUGAGACCCAAGAUUGGAACUGCAGUAUCCUCCAAUCGAAUGCUAAGUCGGCUGGGCACUAUCACUCGUGGCCUCUUGCAAACAUCUGUCAGGGCCUUGAAAGUGCCAAACUUGCGGCUCCAGCAAAGCCUGCCAUCAGGGGGUCGCAUCCAAGUUUCGAGUUGGCGCAGCAUGAUGAUAAGAACAAACACGCCCUUGUGUUCGGAGCGUCUGGAAUAACUGGGUGGGCCAUCGUCAACCAGCUGUUAUCAAAUUCGCCUGAGGCGCAGGCAUUUUCCAAGGUCAGCGCAGUCACAGUUCGACCCAUCAGUGCCGAAAAAGCUCUCUGGCCAGACUCUUCCAAGUUGAGCAUCUACAGCGGGAUUGAUCUUAUCCGUCUCAAUGCCGAGGGCACGAAGGAUGUUCUGAAACAAAAGAUUCCCGACAUCGACACUGUCACUCACGUAUUCUUCAACAGCUAUAAAUGGGUUGAAGACCCAAAGGAGGAGUCCAUUGUUAAUUCAUCAAUGUUGGAGAAGGCUACUAUGGCAGUUCAAGCACUCUGCCCAGAUUUCCAAUUCUUUGUCCUGCCGACUGGUACAAAAGCGUACGGUAUCCACCUCUUCCAAGAUUUUCCCUAUGGUGAUCACCUCCCGCUCUCGGAGUCCUUGCCGCGUCUCCCGGAGCCGCAUGCAUCAAACCUUUUCUACUACUGGGAGACAGAUGCGCUGACGCGCAUGGCAAAAGGACGGAAAUGGACCUGGUGCGAGGUGCGGCCCGAUUUGGUGGUUGGCUUUGUUCCCAACAAUAAUGCACAAUGCCUGAGCCAGAGCCUGGGGAUCUACCUAUCCCUAUACCGUUUCGUGAACGGACGAGGUAGUAAAGUGCCCUGGCCAGGUACCGAAAAGUCCUAUAACGUACUCUCCAGCCAGACCAACCAAGAUAUGGUGGCGAAAUUCAGCAUCUGGGCCUCGCUCAAUCCUAAGCUCUGUGGGGGAGGAGAAGCUUUCAACGUCAUUGACACCAACAAUCCUUCUAAAUGGUCCGAUCGCUGGUCUCUCAUCUGCUCCUUAUUUGGUCUGGAAGGGGUUGGGGUGGUUGAAGGGUCUUUCAAGCCAUCGGAGUUCAUGGCAAAGCACCGCGCUGACUGGGACCAAAUUGUCCAGGAUCAGGGGUUACAGCGAGGAUCAUGGGACAACAGUCUCGCAAAUCCUUUCUUCUUUGACGCCAUUCUCAGCCUUUUCGAUUACGACCACCAAAUCUGCGCAGACAAGAUGUACCAGACAGGUUUCAAAACAACCUUUGACGAAAAGACGUCUUGGGCUCUUUCAUUUGAGAGGUUCAGACAGGCAAAGAUACUUCCCUACUUUGAGGAUUGA